UGCCCAUGUUUAGCUACAAGUACAUUGUACAAAAUGAGGAGUAUGGCACUUAGAGAGAUUAAUGGUGGUCAUGAUGAAUCAUAUGGCCAUCUUCCUAGAUAUUGUGAAAUGGUUAAGCAGACCAAUCCUAGUUCAUCAGCUUUUUGUGCUUGGAAGCAAAGAAAUGAUCCACCAAGGUCUCUAGUUUUUUCCAACAUUUUCAUCUCAUUCAAAGAGGUUAUAGAAGGGCUGGCUGCAGGGUGUAGGAGUCUAAUUAGGGUGGAUGGUGCUCAUCUGAAGGGAAAUUAUGGAGGUGUCCUUUUAUCAGCAGUUGCUACAGAUGGGAAUAAUGAACUGUAUCCCUUUGCAUGGGCUAUAGUUCCCGUUGAAGAUGGAGAAUACUGGAAGUUCUUUAUUUGUCAUUUAAAGAACAUAUUGAAAGAUUGCAACAGAGGAAACGAAUGGUGCAUUAUAUCUGAUAGACAAAAAGGAAUAGAUCUUGCCUUAACUGAGUUGUGGCCAGAAGUAGGGAGGAGAUAUUGUUGCAAACAAUUGGUUAAGAAUUGGAAAACCUCUUUUCCUGGUCCUUUGAUGCAUUCUCUAUUCUGGCUAGCAUGUAGUGCUACUUCCCCAUUCACCUUUAGAAAGGCAAUGUGUUGACUCGAAUGAACAAUACAAGAGGGGGGGUGAAUUGUAUUGUAGAGGAACUAGGGUAUUUUUUUGCGGAAUUUAUAAAGGAACUCAAAUAAAAUCUAAAAGUGCAAAGAGAGAUUUUACGUGGAAAACUUCUUGGCCUUAAUCAAGAAGAAAAACCACGAC